AUGUCCGAAAAAUCCGAAUCCGCAUGCCCCGUCGACCACAAAGCCCGCGAGGUCUGGCUAUCACAAGCCCGCGCUGCCGAAGCCGCGAAACCCAAGAGCGCAUCGCCAGCUCAAUGCCCCGUCGACCACUCCGCGCGCGCCCCUCCCAAGACUUGGGGACAGACCUUCAGCUCAUACAUCCCGUGGGGAUCGUCCGCUCCCGCACCUACACCCGCCGCAGCGCCCGGCCAAGGCUCUGGGCUUGAGACCGACAGGGUCAUCUCCAGCAUCCCCCGAUCGGCUGGCAAUGGCGACGCCUGCCCUGUAGACCACGGUGCCUCCGCGAACGCAGAGAUCGAGUCUGGAGCCCACGAGUCCGGCAAUUGGGUCUACCCCUCUGAGAAGAUGUUCUUCGAGGCCAUGAAGCGCAAAGGCUACGAUGCGAGAACGGCAGACAUGAAGACGGUGGUGCCAAUCCACAACGCCGUAAACGAGCGAGCGUGGAAGGAAAUCCUCGAGUGGGAGAAACCAUAUGCCGAGGCCUCGAAGUGUGGUGGCCCCAAGCUCGAAUCUUUUGCGAACAAGAUGGACCGCAUGACCCCCACGGCACGUAUCAACACCGUCCUCGGAUACACUGCGCCGUUCGACCGCCACGACUGGGUCAUUGACCGCUGCGGUACUCGCGUCGACUACGUGAUCGACUUCUACUCUGGCAGAGCUGAUGGGAAGGGCGGGCCGAGCUUCUACCUCGAUGUCCGACCUAAGCUGAAUACAUGGGAAGGAGUCAAGAUGCGGGCAAUGCGCUGGACGGGUAUUGCCUAA